AUGGCAAGCUAUCCAAGUAGCAUGGCAAAGGCCUGGUACCAAAUGGAAAGAAUUUCUUGGAACACAAAGUCACAUGCUAACUCUUGCUUGUUUGACACGGGUGCCAUAGUCCAUCAAAGUCGGGAGAUUCAGCUCAAGGCUCAAGGCAGUUUUCUCGGCUUGGAGGUUCAUGCCCACGGAACAGAAGUCCGGGGCAAGACCUCCUCAAUCACAACCAUCGAACCAUCCUCAUCCAUCACAGCUCACUGCGCGGUGCACUCACCAUACUUGAGAAAGACCUUACUGAGUGGCUAUGGCACAAAGAUUAAGUACUAA